AUGGGCUGUGCUCUGUCCGGGACUGGGCUCGAUCCCGGGAAAGCGGCUGGGGAUGUGCACGGUCCGGUUCCCCGCCCGGAGGCGGCAGGGUCAGAGCUGAUAGCCUCGGACUCUGACCCCCCUCCGCCUCUCUCCGAGCAGCAGAAAGAGCUCAUUCGGCAAUCGUGGGUGAUCCUGCAUCAGGACAUCGCCAGAGUCGGCAUCAUCAUGUUCAUCAGGUUGUUUGAAACUCACCCUGAAUGUAAAGAUGUCUUCUUCCUCUUCCGUGACAUUGAUGAUCUUCAGCAGCUGAAGAUGAGCAAGGAGCUACAAUCUCACGGACUCCGUGUCAUGUCCUUCAUCGAGAAGAGUGUGGCCCGACUGGAACAGGAAGACAAAUUGGAGCAGCUCGCUUUCGAACUUGGCCGAAGCCAUUGCAGAUACAAUGCUCCCCCGAAGUAUUAUGAGUAUGUAGGAGUACAGUUCAUUGCGGUGGUGAAACCAAUCCUGAAAGAGAAAUGGACAGCAGAUGUGGAAGAAGCAUGGGAGGGUCUGUUUGAGUAUUUAACACGGACGAUGAAGAGGGGUUACUAUGACGCUGAGCAGAGCAACAACAUCAACCAAUCGAGUCACACAAAACGGAGAGCUCAGUCUGGGCUGAAGGCCAAUCAGAACGCGGUGUAAUACCCACACUAUCCCUGGAAGGGGGGGGGGGGGUCGAGG